AUGAGUUCAUUUAGCUACGCACAAGCUAUCAAGGGGAGUGCUGCCGCUGCAGUCCCUACCAAACCAGCCACUCUGGAGAAUGAGAAAGCCGAGCUCCCGGUCGAGGAGCCAAGCAGCACUAUUCCUACAGAGUCAGUGGCUGCCACUGCGACUGAAGCCCCGCAGGACACUGAGAAGGUGACACCGCCUGAGAGCAAGUCAUCAGAAUUUACCACUGUGACCAGCAAGCACACUGCACGUUCCAAGGCCGCCCACUCGAGGACUUCCUCCCCUAAUGUUCGAUCUGGUAAUCAGUCGAAAGAAGUUGCAUCCUCAAAUUCGCCAAAUGGGACACAUGAAAAUGCUACCGACAAGCAUGCCCAGUCGGAUGCGAAGACCGAAAAGUCAGACAACGGUGCGGAGAACCCCAAGGAGAAGUCCGGAAAGGAUGAGAAGCCCGAGCCACCGAAGGAGCUGAAGGCUGCUCCUCUUCCCUCCGUGAACAUUUGGCAGCAGCGAAAGGAGGCUCAGCAGGCCAAAUCGAAGGCUACGCCAACUACUGCCACCAAGGCCGCCUCCGGCAAAUCAGAGGAUAACCAGCAAGAGAAUGCCAAGCCCAAGAAGAAGGGCGACAAUGACAGUUCCAGGUCAAACAAGAAGGGUGACAACAGCAAGACAAAGGAUGUCGCGCCUCCCCCAGUUGAAGAUGCUACCUCUUGGCCUACUCCCGAGGUUGCCAUAGGCGAGGAGAAGAAGAAGGCCCAGGAAAAGACGGACAAGACUGAAAAGCAGGAGAAGCCCCAGAUUCGCUCACAUGGAAAGGAAAAGUGGAUUCCAGUUGAGCAUGUUCCGACCGCCGUCUUCAACACCCCGCUUCCAACACCAGGUAAUCGCACCGGGCGGAAACCUGCACGAGGUGGACGAGAGGGUGGCCGUAGCGCAGCCCAUGCUAAUGGUGCCCCUGCUGAGAAGAGUGCCUCUGGACAGUCUCCUCACAACCAAGGCCCGAAGCAGAACCCAGGCGAACGUGGGCGCAAUGACCACGGUUCCCACCGCGCCGCGUCUCUUCCAGCGCAGGCUCGAAGCUCUGCUGGCUCCGAUGUCACAGCCCCUGAAGGUCGCAAGGGCCAGGCUAAUGAGCGAAAGGGUACUCGUGGUCCGGAGGAAACCGCUCCUGCCACAAAUGGUAAACAAGUGAACGGUGGCGAGAACUUUGCUCGUCCUCAGCGUGAGGGUAAGCAGUUCCCUAAGAGCAAUGAUGCCCGCAUCAACAAGGCAGCUCAGCUAGGCUUGGAUGCCCAGGCUGCCGCUCGUGCCAAUGACCGUCGUUUUGAGUCAGGCUCAAAGUCUGCUGACGCCAACCGAGAGCACUUCCAAGAGUUCGCUCGUGAGCGUGGUGACUCUCGCAGUGGUCGCCCUGGCCGAGGCCGUGGAGGCGCUUACUCGUCAUUUGGCGGCCAAAAUGCCCAGUUCGGCCAUCCGUCAAACAACUCGUUUGUCCCUAACAAAUCAUAUGGCUACCAAGACCGCCAGCGAUCACAGCACGCCUACAUGAAUGGAUCACAGCACGGUAACCGAUUGCCUAUGCGAUCUCCUUCAUUGCCCGCUUCCGGAAACCAGUACGACGUCUACCAGAUGCCUACUAACAUGACUGCGAUGUACAACAACUACCAGCCGAUCAACGGCCCCAUGAACGCCGUGCCGUACCAGCCAUAUGUGGAACCUUACUCGGUGGUUCACCUACUGAGUACCCAACUUGAUUACUACUUCUCUGUGGAUAACAUGUGCAAGGAUAUCUACCUUCGCAAACAGAUGGAUGGACAAGGUUUUGUUCCCUUGGGCUUGUUUGCUACCUUUUCGCGCAUCAGGUCGCUUACCGAAGAUUUCGAGCUUCUCCGCCAUGUCUCGCGUCAUCUCCGAAAUGCUGAGUAUGUCAUUGGUGAGGAUAGUGUGGACCGCCUUCGCCCUCGAGAGUGGGCUCAAUGGGUUCUUCCCGAGGAUCAGCGCGACCCUGCUCCUCUGAAAAACGGUCCAGCCCCGUCCCGGAUCUCGGCUAAGAACGAGAACGCUGCUCCCAACAACCACAGCGAAAGUUCUGUGAAUGGAUCCAUGCACCCUGGCUCCCAGAUCUUCAUCCCAAACGGAGUCCCCUCUCGGGCCCCUCGGACUCCUCUCUCGUCCGCUGCUCCAGAAUUCCAGCCAUCCGGCCCUCCGCCGGCAGCAGCGACUGAAAUAUUGCAUGUAGGACACCCCCAGGCUUUUUACCCUCAAUUUUGUGCCUCCAAGGGCCCUCGGUACCAAAUCCCAAAAUCAUUUAUUGACAACGUCAUCCCAGCGAGUGGACUAGCUCCGCGCCGAUUGAGAACACCCCUCUGUUCUACUUGUGGAAUCGCCAACCCGCACGUUAAUUCCGACUGGUACUACAGACAGAAUUCCAAUAACCGUCGGCCGUUCCGAACGUCUGAGCAGAACAAAUUCCAGCCAUCCAAAGCGUCUAACGAAAGCAAUACAGAAUCUAAUACCAAUAAAAGAAAUGCGCGAAACCCCGAACCUCCUGCACCCUUUACCUGCUACCCCGGCCUUCCAUUCCACCUUACGCCACUUGGGCGCUCCGCCAUUGAUGAUCUUAUUACUCGUCACGUCUAUCAUGGUUUUAACGCUCUAAUGGGCUAUUACGAAUGGGCUCUUUACAGUGGACGCCGUAUCGAGUCUUCGGUCCUAGUUGAUCUUAUUCACAUGGGGCUCCGGCCUUAUUAUGACGCCGCCGCCUCCACUCUUGUCCAAACCGCCAUGUCAAGUGGCCUGAUGGAAAGGCACAAUCGCCGUCGACUCUUGGUUGCUUCCAAUGCAACGUCUAGGAUCGUCGCAAUGCCUUCGACCAACGGUUCAAGUGCGGCGGCAUGCAGUGCAGAGAUCGAAGAUUAG